AUGACGACCUAUUUUGAUGAGACAAUAUCAGAUUCAAAUCAUUUGAAUUUUCUUCAUUAUCAAAAUUCAUCUUUAUUAUUAACAAAUGAUACGACAUCGGUUACUAUAAAUUAUUUAAAUUGGCCAGUAUUAAUCUUAUCAAUAUUAGCUGUAUUUGGUACACUUGGUAAUUUAUUAGUAUGUGCAUCUAUAUCACUUGAUAAACAAUUACAAACUGUAACAAAUUGGUUUCUAUUUUCAUUGGCUAUUGCAGAUUGUCUUGUUAGUCUUGUUGUUAUACCACUUUCAAUCAUUAAAGAUUUGCAAGGUUCCUGGAAAUUACCAAUAAUUCUAUGUAAUCUUUAUGUUUUUCUUGAUGUUCUUCUAUGUACAACAUCAAUAUGGCAUUUAACCAUUCUUUCAAUUAAUCGUUUUCUUCAUAUAUCUCGACCAUUUCGUAGUCGAGAACGAAGUAAAUGUAAAACAUUUUUAACUAUUGUAUUAAUUUGGACAUUUUCAAUUGCUAUAUCAUGUACUAUUCUUAUACUUGGUUUUACCGAUAAAAAUAAUAUAUUAAUUAUUUAUAAUGAAAAUAAACAAUUUUGUGCUUUGAAUAAUCGAAAAUUUAUAAUCUGUGGUUCAAUUGUAUGUUUUUGUGUACCAUGUAUAUUAAUGCUUGUUACAUAUUCAUUAACAAUUCGACGUCUUCAACAAGAAGCAGCAAAAUGUUAUUCAGAUCCUGAUGAACAUGUUGUUAUGAUGACACAAGCAUCGGAUCGUUUAAGGCGACAUCGAUCAUGUUCAAAAAUUCGAACUUCAUCACAACAAUAUCAUCAAAGUACAUCAUUAAAAGAUUUACAUCAAUCACCAUCAAUAUCAACAACAUCAACAAGUCGGUCUCAAACAAUGAUUGAUGUUGAUGAAAAACUUAAAUGGCCUAUAACAUCAACAUUACCAGCAUCUAAUCGACAACAACGUUCAUUUUUACAUAAUACAUUUGUACAAAAAGCUGUUCAUGUAUUUAAAAAUGGAAUAGAAACAACAAGUGAACGUCGGGCAAUGACUGUGCUUGGCAUAGUAUUUUUUGUUUUUCUUGUUGCAUGGCUUCCAUUUUCGAUAUUAAAUAUUCUCUCAGCUGUUUGUCCAUCAUGUAAUGUACAAACAUCACUAUUAAAUUUAACUAGUUGGCUCGGUUAUAUUGCAUCAAAUAUAAAUCCGCUUAUCUAUACAGCAUUUAAUGUUCGAUUUCGUCGUGCUUUUGUAUCAAUAUUAACUUGUCAACUAAAUUAUUUUUCACAUAAACGUAAAGGAAAUAAUUUAUAUAUAUUUAUUGCAUCAAAUAAUAAUCAAAAACAAAUGUGUAUAGAUCAGCAGCAACAACAACAACAUCAACAACAAUAUUAUUACUCAAUACGUCGUUUUGCAUCAAAACGGAAUAGUUUUGCUUAA